GUGACCAGAGCCGAGUUUGUUCAGCACCUGUGUACGGGCGUCGGGCGCGAAGCAGAUCGCGGUCAGAAUAAAAUAGCAGUGCCAGCAACAGACGGGGGCGGCUGGAUACACAGAUAGCCCCGCAAUUUAAAUUAUUUUUAAUUCCUCCUCCAGUCUCAUUAGAAGCUGGCGAUGAUGAUGCGCGGCGCCACAUCGAGUUGCCUCUUCAUUCUCAUCUGCUACGUUGCAGCGGAAGGCGAGAACAACAGCACGAACACGGUAGGCACAGAAACGUCCACUGUGAUUUCCUCUUCAGGGUCAUCAACUUUUACUGAUUCCACCUCGUUAUCACCAUCAAACCCCACUUCAGUACAACUAACCUCUAUGACAACCAUCCAAUCAAGUGCAGCAAGUAGCAGUAUGAUCUCAGCCUCCAGUUCAAGUACAGGAAGUGGUUACAUGACGUCAGCCAUCAGUUCAAGCCCUACAGGAGGUUUAAUGUCAUCCACAUCAGCAUCCAAUACAAGUCUCCUAACAGUUACCCCAACUAAUUUGAUCUUCAAUGAAACAUCUGCUCCAGACAAGAUAAAUACAAGCACAGUUGAAACAAUGACCCCUACCUUGAAUUCAACAACUGUGGCUACAAGCUCCAAUGUUAACCAAACAAGUACUGUGGUAAGUGUUACAACUUCAGUGAUGAACACAACUCGACCUACAAAUGUGACAGAUGAUGUUACCCAAGUUUCAACAUUCAAGCCCACAAACAUUGCUACCAGACCUGCAUCAAGCAACUCAACGACUGCAAGUGGACCUACAAAUACUACUCUGCCAACAACCGUUUAUGCAACUAACACAACGGUAAUAGUUACAGCUAACACCACAGUAAGCAGCAGACCUGCAACAACAGUGCCAGUCAACGUGACAGUCAAUGUAACAGUACCGGUUAGCACAACAGCUCUCAGUACAAAUGUUCCCAGUUCUAGUUGGAGCACACUGUCUCCAAGGAAUUCAACAACACAAUCUACAGCUCAAUGCCAAUCUACCACCUGUCCACCCGGCAGUAAAUGUGUGGAUCUUUAUCAAUCGUAUACCUGUCACUGUCCUCUUGGGCAAUAUAUGCUGCAAAGUAACUGUGUAACAGUGAGAAGUUUCCUUGGAAUAUUGCAUUUAUUAAAUGUCACCUUUACUCCCGGCAUGAAUGAAGUUAAUACAAAGGCAUUCUUAGAAACUUCAACCAAAAUAGAGGAUGAGAUGAAAAGAUUCUUCAAAAAUGACCUUUACUACUACAAAUCUAUUGUUUGGAAGCUUGAAAAGGGGAGUGUUAUGGCCUUUGUUGACAACAUUUUUUCAUCCUCUUCCAAUGUAACGGAGGAAUCUGUCAACCAAAAUAUUAGAGCUGGCAUCAAAGAUUGUUCAAACUGCUCAAUGAUAACAGCUUCAGACAAUUAUACUUCCAAAGCUGAAAGUCUAUGCAACCCAAAUUUUUGUGAUGCCAACACCUCUAAAUGCAAGGUGAAUAAUGGGAUUCGUGUGUGUAGCUGUCUACCUGGUUACUACAAGUUUGCAGCUUCUGAUCGAAGUUGCCAAGCUUGUCCAAGCGGACUUCGACUUCAGAAUGGAGCAUGUGCAAAGUGUCCAUUUGGCUAUGGCGGAUUUAACUGUGAUCAAUCAUAUUUAUUGGCACUUGUAGUGGUCUCCUGUGUCCUGGGUGGUAUCCUCCUACUCUUGCUGUUGGCCUUAAUGGGAACAUGUCUCAGAUUAAGGAGUGGUGCUUACAGCUCCUCAUCCGGCUCGCAUGACUAUGUAAUGUGGCCCAAAUCCGAGAUGCCAAAGAUCCCUCGUGCCACCAUGCACUGGGAUGGCAAUCAACUUGAAAUGCAGGAGAACGGUAGCACCAGCAGUUUAACUGAUAUCCAUCGGGAUGGAGGGAGAACGCCUGAGAAAAAUGAUGACCUGAAGACCUUUAAAGGAAAACAGCAGUCUCGUUACACCUAUCUCUGUCAGGGACAAGAGAAUCCAUAUUACGUCAGUGAUGAAAAGAAGCCAGAAUACUUGUAAAGAUGAAGAUAGUGCAGAUGCACUCAGACUAUUGUAAAAAAAAAGCUGGAGUCCUUUGUACUUGUAUGCACACCGCACAGCAAGUAUGAGGGAAUGGAGGAAAAGAUGAAUUUUACAAAUUUCUAAGCCCAUGUUAUUGGAGAAUGGAAUUCAAGCCCAUUGGCUACUAAAAUAUCAGAUUGACACUCAGAUUUCCAAUGUCAGCUUUUUAGAACAUGUUGUUUGCCUCUCUUCCCCCUCCAACAGCAAAUCAAUCAAAUCAUUAGUCCAGAUAUAACCACACGAAACAGGGAAGAGGAAAGAAACUUAAAGUAACUGGCCACAAUUCCAUUUACACAAAGGUUGAGAUUUUGCCUGAUAUAAAGAGUAUCUUGCACUUGGGCAAUUUUAAUUUUUUUUAUGAAAUACUGAAUCACUACAUUUAUUUCCAAACUUUAAACAGAGGUCUCUGCUAUUGUCAGGGAAGUAAUUCAUUCAGAGUUCAACAUCAUUCUGCACGUAGUUGCAGUGGAAGAGUCUCCUUUGGAAUGUUCAGAAAUGUUCACCUGAACAUCCCAAACAAGUGUUUUUAAAUAAAGAAAAGAAUAUAUCAAAUUGCUCCUUUACUUUAAGAUUUAAUGUUAUCCUUAAAAUAUCAACCUUUCUUUUAAUGACAGGAAAAGUUGUAACACUUUCAUGCUUGUUUGAAUGUACUUAAGCUGUUGGGGUAAGGUGUGUUUGCCCAGCCUCAUCACUAAGUGUUCCUCCUUUAAUGAAGUCAGGGGUAAAAAUAAUUUCUCUAGUUUUAAUGGAUGUUCAGUCACCAGUUCUUUUGUAUUGCUCUGCUUUCUUUAGAUGGGCUGGAAUAAGCAAUGUGGUGGGACUUCUUUUCACAGAAACACUAUAUUUACUGUAACAAACAAUGAGGAAAUUAAUCUUUAAACUUGUAUUGAGAGGUUGGUUCAUAGAAAAUAGGAAAUAGACAUUUGCCACUUAAAAUAGUAGGAGGAAAUUGUUCACCUUCUGACAUGACAGACAAUAUUCAUGUUAUUGCAUCACCAGCCAGCUAAAAGAGCACAUUUUCACCAAAAAAAUGACUUUUUGUUUUAAAAGUUGCACACUUUACUGAUUUGAUUAUGUAGAUAUGUUGUAAAUACUGUGGUCCACACUUUGGCUCCAAGAUGUAUAUUUAGUUUAUUGACUACUGUGGGCAAACUUCUGCUGGUUUGAAUCUGCAGUCGGUUUAAAACCUUCAGUCUCUUGAUUAUAGAUUCAUCAAUUUAUUUCUGCAGUGAAAACGCUAUAUUGAGUUUAUUUUCCCAGGCAUAAGGGGGUGGUAUUAUGUUUUGCAAAUGUGUAUUUAAAAAUACAUUUUGAUUGUUUAUCAUCUUUGAUAGCUGGUUUCUUAACAUGUUUGAUAAUUUAAUAUAAACAUAAUGGCUAACGCUGUAAGAAACGUUCACCCUUUUUGCUUGUUGGUUAAAAUUUAGUUUCUCAUUCUCAGAGCUACUUUUGAAUUCUGGGUCUUGGAUACCCAAACUAACUGUGCCACUCUCCAUUACUUUUGUAACAUCCAGUUCUUUCUCUGAACUAGAUGCACUGUGGAGAAACAAGCUAGCCAUGGCAUUUUGGCUAACACAUGAGCUUGGGUUAGGUGACCCUAUGACCAAGUAUAGGCAUAUACCUGUGUGAUGUGACACCAUGGUACAUAGUUACUGUAGGGAUAGCACCUUUUACUGUCCCGGGGAGACUGGCUGCAGCAAUGUAGACCUUGAGGAAAAGGUGUGACUGCCAGCCUUGGAGUAUAUUUAGCUUAAUAGAGAAACCAGCAGCGCAAGACAAACUGCAGCAAUUGGUAUAGAAAUAACCCAGGAUAAAAUUAUCUACGGAUUAAAAAGUUAGGAAUUCCAGGUUUUCUUUUUCCUUCCUCUCUGACUAUCCUUAAGGAAUAGUUUAAACAAUGAUGAGCAUUAGUAGCAUUUGACUGUUAGUGGUUUAAAAUGUGGUGAUAAAGCAUUAUUGAAUAGCAAAGCCCAAUAACCUCUGCAGACUGGGGCAUACAGGAAAAUAGCUCCAAAGAUUGAAGUAUGCAAAUGUUGACUGGUCCUUGGGAUCUUUAUAUUCCAAACGUUUGCAUUUCCUAUUUUUGCUAAACAGGUGUAGACAAAGUUUCUUCAGAAGCUAACUCAAUGGUGGUCCAGUGGACAAUUUGAGGUGUCUUAUUUAAUUGUAUUGCUUAAAUUGCAUAGCUUAAACUUCAAAGCACAUUAAUGGAAACAUUGAUAGCUUGUGCAUGUAAAAACUUUUUGUUUCUAGAUCAAAAUGGAACUGUCUAUAAAUAGUAAAGAUGUGCCUAUUUUUUUCUCUUUUACAAAUGAUAUAUUUUUGCAAUACUAAGAAUGACUAUCAGAAAUGCAAGGUUCAUUUGCUUAAGAAGUGGACUGUAGCUUUCAUUGCCUAAGUAGAUCAUGUUCCUCUUGAACGUAUGUAUAUUUUGUGUCGGUAAAGUUGUUUAUCCAUCAGCACAGACCAGUUGAACAUGUCCUGCUUUUGCUUCUCUAUCUUCUGCUUCUUUCUAUGUCAUUUGGCUGCCAACUUUACCCAGUAUUCUCAAUGAGAGAGAAGUUUAAUUGUUGAUGCUUGUCAAGAAGGACAUGAUGUUGCUGGUGGAUGGGCUGGGUGAAUGGUUGUUUUGUAAGAGAUCAUUGUAGGUAAUCAGUGGAUUGGGGAUAAAUCAGUUACCAUAAGCUUUUGAAGUAAGUGUUUUAGCAAAAUGCCUAGCACUUAGAUUACGUAACAGUUUUCUUAAGUACUACUCAUGUAAGUUUUAUUUUCAACCAGUGUACAUUGCACUGGCAAUCAUUUCUGGAUGAAAUUACAUAAGUGGACCUGGCAUUUGCAUUGCUAUUUACCUUAGCACGCCUGAACUCUUCCCAAGAUCGGCCAUGCACCAAAGGAUGAUGUUGUUUACUUAACACCCAUCUCCACAGUCAACAACAAUUGGAGCUCAGAACUCCACACUCUGGCAGUCAUGGAACACUCUCAGUAUGAGUAAAAAGCAUAUUGUCCUACCUUUCAUCUGCUUUUUAAAGAGAUACUGUUCUCUCAUCAGGAGACCUGAUUUGGCAGUUUCAGGACUGAUUCUGGCUGCUCUAACACCUUCCAGAAUUGACACAAUGCACUGAAACUUUAGAUGACAUAUAGUCCAGCAUUUAGUUCCUGAAAUGUUCAUUCCAUGGCGGCCUCAGUGGUGACACCACUGACUGCAAUCCAUUACUGAAGGCAGAGCUUUGUCCAUGACUGACUAAUUAGUGGGUUAAGGACCUUCAGAUAAGUGGCAAAGAGUGCACUCCCACCUUGUCUGCAGAAAUACCAAUACCCUCUCUGCACCACUUUGCUGAGCAAUGUGUUCACAGGAUCAGGCUUUCCAAAUCUGCCAUCAGGGAGGUAUGUGACAUUCUGCAGGAAGAUCUUGAGCCUUUUAUGCCUGUUCUUCAUGGAGGUCAAAUCAUGUUGACCCUUCCUUGCCACAGGCUCUUUCCAAGUGACCACAGCAGAUCUCCUCCAAGUCUAGGUUCCCUUAGCCUCACUUACAUGAAGAAAUUAAUCUUCCUAUUGAUUUCUGUGAGGAACAGGUGGCAUCUCUUGGGUUUGUUGGCAUUGUUAGCUUCUCAAAGGAGCAGGUGGCCAUUGGUUGCACUCAAACCCAUAAGGCUAUCCCUGCAGAAUACAUCCCUUUACAUUAACAGAAGAGGUUUCCACUCCCUAAAUAUGCAGAUUUUAGUGAAUCACGUGAUGAAUUUCCUCAUACUGAAUGCCAUGUUUCUGAGAAACAGGUAUGACCUCUUAGUGAGAUCAUGAGUCAAAUUUAAAUGACAACAGUGCUUGGAGUGAUGGGUCGUAGGGUACAAGGGAUACCCUUUAGUUCCACGGCUGUUCCCACUGGUGUUGCUACAAUGAGAACAAUGCAAGUAGCAGGAUGAUGGUGAUUGUCAUUGCCCUCCUCAAGAUGAGAUUUCUUGACCUGCAUCAGUUUAGGGCCUCAUUGGAAUGCAUGCCAAGUAGACAUGGAGACUUCAUGUAUUGCAUGCUGUACGUUCUAUCAAUUCUGAGCCAGUAGCUGGUGUCAGAAGAGCAGCAAUUAGACUCAGCCUGAUUAUGUGGAGCAGCAGAAGCUGGUGAAAGAAGGAGCCCCCAGAGAGAGGUCCUUGCUCUGCCUCCACAGCCUUGUAUUCCUAGCCGAGGGAAAAGUUGUUGAUAAGUUGCUUCUAAUGAGCCUGCAAAGUCAGAGCCCCCAGUGGAAGCAAAAGUAAUCCCCUCCAAACAACAGUCACAACCAUCAACAUAGUGCACCAAUAAUCUGAUGGGGGAGCUCAGAAUAUAUCUAAAAGUCCUCUUGCAUCUUACUUUGUAGCUCCACCUGCUCUGAAAGUAACACAAUGAAUGCAUAAAUGCCUCCUUCCAAUCCUGCUCUGAUUACUUAGGCAGCUUAUUACACCUCUGUAUUUCCAGAUCUAUGGCAUCUGGCCGAAAGAACUCAGACCUCUCCAUAAAAUACCCUCUCCUACGACAAUCUCUGAUCUGCAGAUGUAAACAAUGCAAAUCACCAUGACAUAUCUUGUGGGGUAAUGAAAUUUAUUUCCACCUUCCUUAUUUGGAGAUUCUCACUGCUGGAGGAGAUUACAGUAGCCAACUUCUGUCAGUUCCAAUAAAAGAUAGUUGGACUGAAAUGUUAACUCUGUCUCUCUGCAAAUGCUACUGUCCAGGCCAUUUCCAUCAUCUUCAUUUCUGUGCUUUUCAUCUCUUGCCAGGCUUCUCUUCUGCUGGACCUGGUGAGUCUCUGUGCCUUCUAGUACACAAGACCGUCCUCAUGUCAUGUAGCCUGUUAACCAGUACUUGCAUGCUCUUUUGAGUGAUUAUGGGAGCUGUCUCCCUCUUUCCUACAGUCUGCAUAUUCUAGUAGCCAUCAUGUGUCUCUCUGUUACCUGGCUGAUAUGGGGAGUGUGCCAUUUAAGGGUGAUGCCUUUCUCUGAUUGCUCUGCAGCAGUUUGUCUGCAUUGAAAUGUCAUGAGAUCCUGUUGGAAAUCGCACAGGCCCCAUUUAGGUGCUUUGGGAUUAAAUCAUUCUAAAGUGAUUUCACAGCAGAUUUUGGACAUUUAUGCAUUUUUUUUGCAAGGGCCCUGAUUUGGUAGUUGCACUAAACCAUGCUUUGCAGCAUUAAAAAUAGGUGAUACCAAAUUUUUAGGCAAAGGACUUCAUGGGCUUUGUUCAUGUAUUUGAAUUUUGAAUGUUGUAAAGACCUGUCUAGAUUUUUAUCACUCUUUCAGAAAACUUAACUGAGUUAAGGUGCAGUUUUUUUUUGGUAGGGGGAAGAUGUAAAGGGAAAGACCAAUUGAUGUAGUGCUCAUCAACAGGAGACUGGAUUUAGUUUUGCAAUCUGGUUUUCAAUUUGAAGAUCACCCUGCACAAAAAGAAUCAGGAAGCCUUUGGUGAUGGCAGAGUUUCCACAUCAAUCCCAAACACAUACAUGAGGGAGACACUUCCACUUGACAUUUGAGUCUGUUUCACAGAUGUCUUUUGUGUUUGCUUCCUGUUCCAUUUCGGUAAAAAUGUAAUGGAAAGUGUGUGUUUCUGGGAGCUUAAGCAUUUUUCUUUGCUCAAAAGGAUUUAGUUGCUGCACUUGCAUGUAAUAAAAUGACCAAAGUUGCUUUCUCGAUUCAGACUGACUGUGUUUUGCUUGUACCUUUUUUUGUACAUUGUAGUUGUGAUAAUUGUAAAGCAAUUUAAUGCCAAAUAGGAGUAAAAUCGUGAGAAUUUCAAGUAACUUUGUUUUAAAGAAUCACUGGUAUUGUAAUAUUGAAAUGUGUUUUUCUAUUGAUAUUGAUUACUAUUGUAAAAUUUUAAAAUGUUUAAAUUGAAAUAAAGAAUUACUUUCCAGUCCCUCUUAUCUCAA